AUGGCGGGGCCGCCGCCACCGGCACCGCCACCCCCGCGCGCGCCCCGCCCCGGCACCGCGCCUGACGCCACUUCCGCCGCCCCCCGCGCCCGGCGCGGCCCCACCGGCGGAGCGGAGCCGGCGCCCGCCGCCGAGAUGGACAACAACGUGGUCCUCGUCAGCGAUUCGGACUCGGAGGGCGCCCCCUCGCCGCCGCCCCAGCCCUGCCGCUCCCGCCACUCGCUGCCCGGCCUCGCCGUGAGUCCCGCGGCUCCCGCCAGGCACGGCGCCGCUGCCGCACACAAGAUGGCGGCGCUGCCAUGGCGGGCAGGGACGGGAGGCGCGCACGGACAAGCAGCCUCGGGCGCAGUGCAGAGGGAGAUCAUUGACCUGACCUGUGAGGAUGCAAACACAGACCUGACACCGUCAGGCAGCCUUGCCAUCAUCGACCUGACUGAGGACAUGUGCAGCCUUCUCCAGUCCACCCUUGGUGCUGCUCAGAACUCCAGAAAUGCUGCCCCAGCUGCACACAUGUCCCAUCCCCAACUCUGCCCCACUGCAGAAAAAGAAACACAGGCAGGGCCGGAGCCGAGUCCUGCACCAGCAUUACACAACACUUCUGAGAAGCUCAGUUCCAGCAUGGUCACAGCAGAAACCAUGGAGAACUGCAGCUACCUUUCUCCUGACUCUAGGCGCCACAGCUGGAGCCUGGAGCAGGAUUACAGCACUACUGCCUUUAACAGCAGCUUGGACUCACAGUCAGACUCAGACUGCCAGUCCCCAUCUCCCCCCAGCCUGGACAGCAACAGCAGCAUGAGAGCUGAUGACCCAGAGGAGGAUCCUCCCCAGCCCUGCCCAGAAAGGAACCUCCCCCCAAGGCUGAGCCCUGCCCCAGCCCUUCCUAUAACACCAGGAAAGGCCCAAAGGUCUUUGCCAGAAGCAAGUAACUUCCCAGCACACCAACCAAUCCUGCAAGCCACCCCAGCCAUGACUGAUGCUGACAGCAAGGCCUUGCUGGAUAAACUGCACAACUUCAGCAGGAAUGGAGUCCAGCACCUCUUCCUCCAAGGCAUAGCACCCAACAGGGAAACACAGAAGGUAAACAGGAUUUGGAGCAGCCCCUGCUCCCCUUUGCGAGGCAGUUGGGGGCUCUGGUUAUUGCAGUUCCCAUCACAGCUGGAUUCGUCUGUGUCCAGGGAGCUUUCACCCAUUGUCUUGCCUUGUACACAGCAAAAACCUGGGCUCAUCCCCAGGGGGAAGCUGAGCAUGGUGCACACCACCAUGGAGGAGAACAGCCUGGAGGGCACCUUGUAUUUCCUGAACGAGUUUGUCUCCUGCCAGCACCGUCCCCCCAAAGAAAUCAUCUGCCAUCUGAUCAAACAGAUGCUGUUGGACACCCACGAAGGGGAUAUCCUCAAUGACAUCUACUCACUGCUGAUGAAGAUCCAAAUGCUCCAUCCAGCCAACAUCACCACAGUGGGAUGGGACUGGACAUUGGUGAAAUUCAUCGUGGAGCAGCAGGAGAAGCCCCCUGGCUGGCUCCUCUUCCUGCAGUACGUGGUACAGACCCUGGAGGAUGACUUCCAGCACAAUCUGAAGUCCUACCAGCUGCAGAAGUCAAUUGCCAAGAAAGUGCUUUCAUGUGACUUGUGCUUCAACAAUGUCAAGGAAGUGGUCAAUUGGUUGGUGGCAGCAGUUACGGGAGUUGGGUUCUCCCAGCCCCGGAAACAGCUACAAGAAGCCAGGGCUGAACACAGCUCAUCUUCACCAAGGCUGGCCAGCACUCAGACAGCUCAGAAAGAAGAGGCCCAGACAGCUUUCUUUGCCCAAAAGAUGAUGCUCCUGCUCCAGCGGAUGUUGGCCAUGGCAGUGGAAGUGGACAGAUCUCCCACCUGCAGCUCCCGUAAGAUUGCAGACGACAUUUUCCCAUUCAUACUGAAUAUCCCCCUGAGGAGCCAAAGGGAAGCUUUAUUAAACACCAUGGAGAGCCAGCUCCUGCGCUGCAGACUGCUGGAGCUGCUAUUCCAGCAUAGUUGUGACAUGCCUACAACCUCAGCCAUGUCUCUGGACAAGGUCCUGUAUUUCCUGAGCCAUUCCUCUGUGCUGCCACAAUACCAGGAUGAAACAGCAACAUGGCAAAGGUGGGAUGAGAUGCUGCAGUACUUGAGUUUGCUGCUGCUGAGCUACCAUAGUGUAAAACUGGAGCACCUGCGGACGUCCGUCAGUGACCGGAUGAAACUGAUUGCUCAGAAAGCCAAGCCCAGGCUCCAGGACAGUGAUGACAUCAGCCAGCUGGACAUUCAGCUGAAGAUGAACGACUUCAUCACCAGAAUGCAGAAGACCCUGGGGGAGCCUUUUCCCCCACAAAUCCAGGAGAAAUUGUUCAUGCUGCAGGAGUUGUUCUUCAUUGUCACAGCUGCCUGAUGGAGACAUCACUGCAGCAGGGGGGACAAAACUUUGUGUUCUCAAUAUAAACCCCCCAUCUCAUACUGCACUCUCAGCAUCAUGGGGUUGGUUUAUACAGUCCUUUUGAAAGACUUUUGGUUUACAUUGUCUCCAUAUUUCCAUUCAAGUUUGCCUUGUGGAGUUUUGCAAAGCACUUUGUACACUUUAAAAAAUGAGUUUUUUUCAUGUUUGCCAAGACACUUUUGUCUUGAUGCCAGCACUGCCCAAAGGAAUUAUUUGCCCCCACAAAUCCGGGAGAAAUUGUUCAAGCUGCAAGAGUUGUUCUUCACUGUCACUGCUGCCUGAUGGAGACAACCACUUCAGCAAGGGGGACAAAACUUCGUGUUCUCAGUAUAAACUCCCCCAUCUCAGACUGCAAUCUCAGCAUCAUGGGGUUGGUUUAUACAAUUCUUUUGAAAGACUUUUGGUUUACAUUAUUUCAGAAUUUCCGUUCAAGUUUACCUCAUGCAAUUUUACAAAGCACUUUGUACAUUUAAAAAAAUAAAUUCUUUUCAUGUUUGCUAUGAAUCUUAA